CACUUUCACUUAUAACUAGGAGGCAGACGAAGUUGGUCACUGUGAAGUGGAAACGUCAUAUCUUGAGACGCAUUGCUGAAUAUUCUCUCAAAAAAUGGCUGACGCGGAACAAAAGGCCAUGCAGCUGAUGGCUGAGGCCGAGAAGAAGCUGACCUCAUCCAAAGGAUUUCUAGGAUCACUUUUUGGGGGAUCAUCAAAGGUGGAUGAGGCAAUGGAUUUAUACCAGCAAGCAGCAAAUAAGUUCAAAAUGGCAAAGAAGUGGAGCUCCGCAGGGCAUGCUUUUAGUGAACUUGCUUCUCUUCAUGGCAAAGCUGGGUCUCGCUUAGAUGCAGCUACAAAUUAUGUGGAGGCUGGAAACUGCUACAAGAAAACUGAUCCUAAUGAGGCUGUGAAUAGUUUGCUAAAGGCCAUCGAAAUAUACACAGAUAUGGGGAAAUUUACCAUGGCUGCAAAGCAUCACCAGAGUAUUGGAGAAAUCUAUGAAACUGAGGUUGCUGACAUGGAAAAGGCUAUUCAGCACUAUGAACAAGCUUCAGAUUAUUUCCGUGGGGAAGAGAACAAUUCCUCUGCAAACAAGUGUCAACUUAAGGUUGCUAUGUUUGCUGCACAGAUGGAAAACUAUGAAAAAGCCAUUCAGAUAUAUGAGCAGGUUGCAACAAGCUCACUGGAAAGUUCUUUACUUAAAUAUAGUGCAAAGGAAUAUAUGUUUCGUGCUGCAUUGUGCCAUCUCUGCGUAGAUUUGACCAAUUCUAAAAUUGCUGUUGAGAAGUAUGAAGAAAUGUACCCAGCUUUCCAAGACUCUCGAGAAUGUAAACUCCUGAAGGCACUAAUGAACCAUCUGGAAGAACAGAAUGUUGAUGCUUUCACUGACACAGUCAAAGAGUAUGACUCAAUCUCUCGUUUGGAUCAGUGGUAUACAACAAUGCUGCUCAGGAUCAAGAAAUCCAUCAAUGCUGACGACCUUUGUUGAGUGGCGCUUGAAGAGAGAUCUAGAAAGAUAAACAGUGUUAAAGGUCAGCAUAAUCUGGUUAAGCAUAGUCAUGGCCAGGUUGGGAAGAUUGGUGAUGACGAAUGGCUCUGCCAUUUGUACUUGAUCCUAAAAGUGAAUUAUUUUUAAGUUUUGAAAGUGAAAUGUGGCAUGCUGCAGUUCAGUAUGGUAACUUUUAUUUUGCACUAUUGUGAUACUUAGUGGAGUUUUGAAAUAAGAGAACAAGAGCAGGUGAUAGAUGAUUAUUAACGCCCAUGUUCAGCUGUAGCCGUUAAGUAAAACUGCAUGCAAAGAAUUAUCAUAACCUUUCUUGAGUAUCAGGGCACACUAUUCACGCUGUGGAACAGCAGAUUAUUGAUAUUAUCAAUGAAUCCUAAUAUAUUUCCUAGAAAUGAAUUUUAGAGCUUUGAUAAAGGCAGUAAAUUGUAUUUGCCAUUUCUAAUUUUUUAGAUUACCAGAAUUUUGGUUGUGCAUAAUUGUUGUCUAUGAAGAGCUGUAUUAUGAUACAUAUUACAAUUUGUUAGGUUAUUUACUUCAUAGACUAUUUUAAAAAUGGUUUUGGUAUUUGGAAUUAUUUGUCUUGAGAUGACCACAUGAAUACAGAGCAGCCAGUCUUAUGUUAUACCAGUAUUUGAAAUUGAAAGGCCAUGAGUAGCAGAUUUUAAUGAUGAAAAGCAAUUUAAACAAUUUUUUGCGAGAGUAUGCUCAUAAGAUUUUUUAUCUGGAAUUUUGCAUGUAGAUGUUGGAAAAGUGUGUUCUCAUGAAAGAUAACCUGGUGACUGAAAUUAUUUGUAGUAAGAAGCUAGUUUGUGCUCAUAUGAUUGUUAUUAACAAGGAAUGUGUAUUUGAUAAAUGGAGUUCAUGCUCUUACUAUAAUUAGUAACUUGAAAAAUAUAUACAGUAUAUAGCAUCCAACUUUCUGUGCAUACAGCUAGAUAUUCACUAUAUACCUAAUGAAUUUAUUCACUGCUAGUUUAAUUAUUUUAUUCAAUUUACGAAUUGAAAUGGAGAGGUGUCAAUAAUUUGCAGCUGAAUAAGGAAAUGUUUUAUGUAUGGCAUAUUCUUUGCUCUUUCAUUUUCUAAAUUCUGUACACGCGUUCAUUGGAUGACGAAUUCACCUAUAUAAUUUACAUAGUAUACUAUAUGUACUGCAUUUUCAAAGUUUAUAUAUAGAUAAAUAAUAGUUUGAGGGGUCAAGUAAGUCAUUGUUGGGUAUAUUGUUUGUGGCAACAUGCUACUAUCUUGAGACAUCGACUUCUUGCAAUUAGGGGAAGGAAGAUAUGAAAGAUUAAUUAGUCCUAUUUACCUCCUUGAAAUAAGUAAUGUCUAGCUCAGAAUUGUAGAGGCAGUUAUAGUGUCUGAAUUUUUCAGCUAAUUAUUUAUAGUAAAAUGUUUAUAUAAAUUAUUUGUUCUCUGGAAAAUAUUUGAAACUUGCAUAUACAA